AUGAAUAAUACCCAGAACCUACGCAUCAAAUCCGUUGGACAGGAUACAUGGCUCAUGGGUGAUUGUCUCAAUAAGGUCACGGGACACUGGAAUCCAAGCAGCCUGCGACUAGACAGCUACCUUGGAGACGAAGGAGGAGACUUCCAAUGGGGUGGUCAUGAGUUCACCGAGAAAGCCUCAAAUAUCACAUUCAAUGCUGAUGAGGGUGCUGCUCACCAGCCCAUUUUGCGAGCUGAUCUGCUGGAUGAUGCAGGUGAAUUUCAUGAAGCAGAUAAGAACUUGUCUGAGCGGAUCUCGAACGUCAAUGGUCAGUUCGAAUUCCGUUAA